ACCCCCAAACAAACACCAGAGGCUUCUUCACAGACCAAAGACAAGCUGACCAUGCAUACAUUGGCCUACAUACAGUAGCGGCUGUGUUUCUCUUCAAAUACUGUAAAUCUACUGUAUGGUAUAAAAUCAUAUAGCAGCUGUUGACUGUCAUGACCUCAAACAAACUUUCUGCUGUUUUAGAGAAGAAGAUUCGCCGCCUGUGUCUCAAUGAUUUUCCCUGUGGAUAUGGCAGCUGGCGAAAGACAAAGGACAGUGCAGCGGGAGCAGAUUCAGAGUCCACACAUUCCCUCCUCGAUCUGCUGAGCUGCCAUCACUCUCCGUGGCGUUACGAUGAUUCAUGGAGCCCCCAAGCCUCGGCCCUGAGAAAGCUGGCUGUGCUCACACCUCAACACCUGCACACGAAUUUCAUUUACAGCUACUUUACUACACUUCGAAUUGUGGACAAGGGAGUGUCAGACGUUGACGACGGCCUGCUGAAGUUCUCAAAGCUGGAGGAACUGGUGCUGAGUGCCAACCAAAUCUCUGAAAUCCAGGCAGAGAACCUUCCCAGCAGUCUGAAGAUUUUGGAGCUACGUGCAAACCGGUUGUCGUCUUUGAACAGCUUCACCGGCCGCCUGCCCCCUUGCUUACAGUACCUCGGCCUCAGCCACAACAGUCUGGGCUCCCGUGAAGAUAUCUCUCAUCUCACAGGAAGACAUUGGCCACAGCUGGUGUGUCUGGACCUCAGUGACUGUGACUUCCAGGACCAGCGGUCCUUACUGGAAGCUUUGAGCUCCCUCCCUCGCCUCAAGACGCUGGUGCUGGAGGGAAACCCCUUCACCCUGGCACCCUCUUAUCCGGGCUUCACUGUGGACCAUCUCCCAGGACUCUCCUGUCUGGACGCCUUGUGGAUCUCCCCCGAGCAAAGACAUCGUUUUAGAGGGUUGGCCGAGAUGAGUGAGCUGAUAGCAGACACGGCAUCAGCCACAGUAAAUGUGGGAAGAGUGAGAGGAAUCCCAGACCCGCUGAUGAGUGUGGAGGAAAACGCUCCUGACUUCCCUGUUGUCUCUUUCAGCUAUUUUAUCACAUACGAGUUCCUUAGUCACGAAACACCUGGUGACCUGAACCUUGACAGUGAAGCUAAAUUUGACACAGCAUCCACAGCACAUGUGAUAGAAGAUGGCUCAUGUGAUACUGAUCUAAUAUCAAGCAGGAAAUGUAAACGAGAGAUGUCCGAACCAGACACUGAAGCGUUUGUGGUUAAUACUGAGGACGCCUGCUCUGAUGCUAUGCGUGUGUCUGGUCACAGUACAUCAAAGCUGACGUGGUCGGAGUGUAUGGACUUCAGUGAUGCGCAAACGUACGUUGUUAGUUCUCUGGGAGACUUGAAGAAAUUCCUCAAUCAAGGACUUUAUCUCAGGCUAGAGGAGGAAAAGGUCCUGUCGUGGCCUGCAGCCUCUGAAGAUGCCCCAGUGACAAAAAACAGUCAAACUGUGAAAGAGAAGCAAGGCGGGAAAGGGAAAGAAUCUCCUGUAAAAUCUGGUUCCACUAAAGACAAAAAGAAGAAAUGUGUCCCAGAGCUGGUCCAAGACGCCCCCAUCAGAAGAAUCCUCGGCUCUGCACACGUCCCUCUGCAAAGCCUGGUCAAAGGAGGUCAAAAGGUCAACGUCAUCUGCGACCUCGGCGUCCUGCACUCAGACUCUAAGGUGGAAGCUCCGCAAACACCUCAAAAGGAUCUGGGAAAGAAAAACAAAGAGGACAAGAAGAAGGAGGAGAAAGAGUCAAAACGGAGAGAAGGUAGCACUGCAAGACAGAAGAACACAGCAUCCGUAAAAGGCAAAGGAAAAGGAAAGAAGAAGCCUGAGCUGGACGUCCACACAGACGACUCCGUGUCCGUGGAGGUGAGCGUGGAGCUGGAGAAGUGGAAGUCUGCCUCUGAAGCUCACCAACUCGUACUACCUCGCUGACCCUUGGAAAGCACAGAGCUCCGUUCUUCUGUAUGUUCUCUUGACUGCUGAUGGUGAAUGUACUAUUGAACUGAACUGCACAUUAAAUCUACUAUGGCAUGA